AUGAGUGACUCAGAUUCGGAUGAAGGGAGAGUUGUUGAAGAGCCUUUACCUCCUCAUAUUAUUAGAUUCAACGAUAUGGCUUAGCAUUUAUUAAAAAAAGUUAUUAGAUAGGCAGAUGUAUUAAUUAAAGAAAAUCCUUAAGGGCUAGAAAAGGAUAUUGCUUUGAAUUUAGUUAAAUUUGUAAAGAGUUAGCCAGAAUUUAAAAUUGGCGAUGGAGAAUGGUAAUGUAUAAUUGGUAAAAAUUUUGGAUGCUCAUUAACUUUCGAUGCAAAUGUGUUAGCCUUUUUUGAUUUACUACCUUCUAGAAAAUCCAUUUUACUAUUUAAGUCUGGUUGA